CCCCCAAACAUCUCGGUUAAGUUGAAGCAGUAUGGCUGCUCCACAGAAAGUCGGCAGCUUGUCGUUGAAGUCGUGGGAAAACAGAGACUCGGAGGUGGAGGGAAGAGACACGGUGACCAUGUUUGAUGUGUUUCACGGGACAAUGAGAGAGAAGAUCGUGCUACAGCGGCUGAUAGUAAUCGCCCGGAUCCCCCACGAUCUCGCUGACAGGACAGAACUGGGAGCUCAUUAUGAAAAACUCAACUUUCAGUUAAGCAAACAAUAUAUCUGGGAUCACAUGACAGGCCUGCUGGUAAUCUAUCCAUCCUGCCUGCUGCACAUCAUUGAAUCAUCCAGGGAGAUUCUGCUGUCUGUUCUGAAAGACCUGCAACAACAGUCAGACUGUUCCCUGCUGGGAGCUGCAAAGGUUGUGUUCAUGGCACAUGACCCUCGAAGCAGGAUGUUCCAUCAGUGGAGCUACAAGGUGCUGGGGGCAGACCAGGUGUCUGGCGACCACGAGGCUAAAGGACAUGAGGAAGAAGAAGAGAGCACGGAGACUCUGGUCUGCAGUGUCCUGUCAGCACUGCAGAGUCUGGGUGGGCACCCUGAAAUAUCUAAGAAGACUCUCCCUGGAUUAGUUCUGGAUGAGACUCCAGAACUGAUCAUGCCUCAGGAGGUUCUAGAUAAGCUGCUGGCUCGAGAUGAGCUGCAGAGUCCUCAACAGUUCCUGCAGAUGUACGACUCCCCCUUAAACGUCAGCAUGGACUUUGGACAAGUUAUUCGAAGCCGCUGCCUCACUACAGUAUAACUUUUUGGACUAAAGGUGAAAGAAUGUGUUUGGCCUCCACUGAAGCACCGUGGAUGUGACUGAAGGCUUCUUACCAGAGAAAAAUCACUGUGUUUUAUACCAUCAUUUAAUUUUCUGCAGCUUUUCCUUCUAUUUGUUUCACUUGUUUGGUCCAAAAACAGCUGUUUCUGCUCCAAAUCAUUUCAGGUAUAAAACUUCUGUGAGUGAGAGAAGAUUGAACACAAUUCUCAACAUUUAUCAUUCAUAACAAAAGCACGGACAGUCCAAGUAAUAUAAAAACAUUUUUAAUAGUUUCAACAUUCGGAUGAGGAUUAUCUUCUUUUUUUUUUUUCUUUUAUCUUACACUGUGUUCCACUUGGUGACCGGGAGAUAGCAUGUCCAAGAAAAGGCAUUUCCUCUUCACUCCAAACUUUAAAGAGUCCACAGCAUCACUACAGUUUGACACAAAGAACUUUUAAGUCUGAAAAAAUUCCUUGAUCACAUAUGUGUUCCCUUUUUAUUUUGGCCCCCGUUACUUGGAACUUAAACUUAAGCAAAAAAAAAGAAAAAAAGAAAAGAUGAUUGGAGAUGUACUUGCAAUGGCUGCAUGCACCACAGUGUAAUCUACAAACUGUAUGGGUAAAAACAAACCUAUAUGCAGCACGUUUUUUUCUUCUCUUGCUUGUUACAUGAUUUCAGUGUAAAUCCUCAGAGCACACACGUCCUCUCCUCCAUCAUAUCAUGAAGAUUUUUGAUUCUCUGUUUUGAGUCUUAUGUGCUUUUUUUUCUCCUAUUGAUAAAACAGGUGGAGCAUACUGUAUUAAUGUAACACAGAAGAAACAAGGUGAAAACAAACAGUAAUCAUGAAUGAUUCGAACACAUUGUCGGUAGAAUCAAUGGGAAGUUUGACUAAAAAAGGUCAAGGGGAGCACUGACUUCUUCUCUUGUAAAGGUUGAUCUAUUCACUUAUAAAAAAUAAAUACAAGCACGUUUAGAUAGGACCAAAGAUGAGACAUAUUUCAUAGGCAUGGUUAAAAAGCAUGCUGCUGAGUUUCACACAGGACAAUGUCGAAUCAAACACCCCCUGCCCCGAAAAUUAGGACUUACACACUUUUUUUUUAUCAAAUACCCCUUCACCCUAUUUUACUGUAACUAAGUCCACGACACACACACACGAUCCGCCUGUAUCACGACCUACGAAGUGAACUUCACCGGUACAUUCCACCUAUUCAUUUUCAAAAACAAGGCCUUCGUAUUUUAGUGCUCAAAGGGCAUGCUCGCAAAAAGCUGUAACACUGGAAGCUGUGUCUCCACCACUCUCUCUGCUCGACAGGGCUAUUGUUAAUAAAGUUGUUUUGGAUGAAUACUCUAUGUACAAGCCUUGAUCGGAUUACCCUUUAGUACAAAACGAAGAGCGGCACAUUGUUACACAGAAAUCCAGACAAAGACAGGACAGACCACUCACCUCGGCACAGCCUAAAUGCAACAAUAACUUUCUAAAAAAACGGUUUUGUGGUCAGUGUUUAGUUUUUCUUUAAAUAUUCAAAGUAGAAAUACUGGUGAGAGCAUUUUAUGCUGGACUGAUUUAAACUCAGCUGAUUAAAUCCAGUAACUGCAGUGAACUGUAGUAGAGCUGAGUCUGAAUGGAUGAAAAAUAAUUUGUUAGUAUUUUGAUCAUCAGUUUAAUCAUUAAAGUAAUUUUUCAAACAAAAAUGCCCAAAAAAAUCUUGUUUCACCUUUAAUAUUGUGAGGAUUUCGCUUCUCUUAUGUGAUAGUAAACUGUGUAUCUAUAGAUUAUCAAGUGUUAGUUGGCAAAAACAAGCUAUUAGAUACAGCACUUUAAGCUUUAUGAAACAUUUUUCGCUAUAUUCUGACAUUUUAUAGACCAAAUUAUUAAUUGAUUAAUCAAC